CCAAACUAAACUAAAGCAGCCGUCUCCUCUUGUCUAUCUCCCUGUUCGCUCCUCCAUCUAUCUUCUAAACCUAAAAAACAAACAGCCGACUGACUGAUCUUCUUUCUUUCAUUCUACGAUUCAGCAGGGAGGGUUCAAUCAGCCAGCAAGCAAGCGGGUAAGCUUCGAUUAGCCACCAUUUCUUCUCUAUUACAUUUGAAUUGUUGCCAUUAUGGUCGUCGGAAACGCGAUCCCUUGCGAACCCGGAUCCUGUUCGUACCGCGAAUUGGAUCGGACGAACCAAAACGAAAAUCGUGCCAUGACCAGCGAAUUAUGUGACUAUGGUUACACUUACAAGAGGGAUGUAUUGAGGAAGAUCCUUUAUGCUUCACCCUUUCUAUAUGGAGAAGGGUAAUGCCAGCAUCAAAGGUAGAAAUCGGGAAUGCCAUUUCAUGCUAAGAUAUGAAGAGGUUUCCUAUCUUCGUCCCAAGAUAUUAUCGUUAUCAUCUUCCACUUGACAUAGCAAAUUAUUCGAAACAUAAGUUUUCGUCACUUGGUUCAGCUAGUGUCAGGCCCUUUCCCGAUUAUUCGCCAAAAAAACCCACCAUUAAAGAUUCCCAACUUGUAUACAACAUAAGCACCGCCAUUAAGCAACGCCGUUUCGAGCCCAUAGAACGAAUUCUAAAACCAUUCGAAUCAAGGUUCAAACCCGACCACUUUAUUUGGGUUCUGAUGGACAUAAAGAACGAGUACACGUUAGUUCUGAAUCUUUUCAGCUGGCUGUGUUUACGUAGAGCUCCAUCGCUCGAGGCUCGUUGCAUUAUCAUUCAAAUUUCCGUUGCUGCAAAGGACCCAAAAACGGCUUAUAGACUCAUUCACAACUUCUGGAGUAAACCUAACGUAGAUGCUACCCUCCCGUUUACCCUUUUCAUGGAGAAGUUGAUAUACACUUACAAAGAUUGGAGUAAUAAUAAUCCCUUUGUCUUUGAUAUUUUCUUCCAAGUCCUCGUCGAAGUCGGAAUACUAGACGGAGCGAAAAAGUUAUUGUAUAAGAUGUUAAACUACGGAGUGGUCAUAUCCGUUGCGUCAUGCAAUUUAUUUCUCUCAAAGCUAUCCGAGAAUAUGAACGGGUGUAAGAUAACACCGCACGUCUUUACCGAAUUCGCUAAAGAGGGGAUUGACUGGAAUACCGUGUCGCAUAAUAUAACGAUGCACAGUCUUUGUCGAAUCGGGAAAGUGAAAGAAGCUCAUAACUUACUCUUCCAGAUGAGGUUACGAGGCUACACGUCUGAUGCUAUUAGUUAUAGCACGGUUAUAAACGGCUACUGUCGGAUCGGAGAGUUUCACGAAGUUCCGAAACUUAUCGAAGAAAUGCAAACAAGAGGAAUCGAGCCAAACGUGUUUACGCUUAACAGUGUGGUUUUGUUUUUGUGUCAGAUUGGCAAAGUGGCGGAAGCCGAGAAGGUUUUACGGGAGAUGUUAUACCGGAAACUAGUUCCGGAUAAGGUAGUGUAUACGACGCUAAUUGACGGUUUCUGCAAAGCGGGAAAUAUCACUGCUGCGUAUAGGCUUUUGAAUGAAAUGCAUGGCAAGAACAUUGUUCCUGACCUUGUAACGUAUACUGCGAUUAUAGCGGGAAUUUGUCGAACGGGAAAUAUAACGGAAGCGCACAAUCUGUUUGUUGAAGUGGUUAGUAGAGGAAUGGAAGUCGAUGAAGUCACGUGUACGGUACUUAUCGAUGGUUAUUGCAAGGCUGGUCAGAUGAAAGACGCGUUUACGCUUCAUAAUCAGAUGGUUCGUAUGGGACUCACGCCGAAUGUCGUCACGUAUACCGCACUUGUUGACGGGUUGUGCAAACAAGGGGAAAUCGAUACAGCAAAUGAACUUCUCGGUGAAAUGUGUGCAAAGGGUCUUGAACUGAAUAUAUGCACGUAUAAUUCACUUGUUAACGGUCUUUGUAAAGUUGGAAAUAUCGUACAAGCGGUAAAGCUAGUGGGCGAUAUGGAAGCGGCAGGCGUUUAUCCAGAUACAUUUACGUACACGACUCUAAUGGAUGCUUAUUGCAAGGCCGGAGACAUGGUUAACGCUCACGAGCUUCUCCGUGAAAUGUUGGAUAAAGGGCUUCAGCCGACAGUCGUCACGUUCAACGUUUUAAUGAACGGAUUUUGCGUGUCGGGAAUGCUAGAAGAUGGCAAGAGGCUGCUGAAAUGGAUGUUGGAAAAACGUAUCAUGCCAAACGCCACCACCUACAAUUCACUUAUGAAGCAGUAUUGUAUUCGAAGUGAUAUGCAUGCGACAACUGAAAUCUACAAGGAAAUGAUAAGCGAAGGUCUUUCGCCAAACGCCAACACGUAUAAUAUACUAAUAAGAGGCCACUGCAAAGCGAGAAAUAUGAAAGAGGCAUGGUUUUUGCGUAAAGAAAUGGUGGAUAAGGGGUAUGACCUUACGGUAAAUGGUUAUAAUGCUCUUAUUAAAGGUUUUAUUAAGAGGAAAAAACAUCUAGAGGCCAAGAAUAUAUUCGAGGAAAUGAGGAAAAAGGGUUUCGUUGCCGAUAGAGAGUUAUACAAUUUCUUUAUGGAUAUGAACUAUCAUGACGGGAACCUGGAUCUGACUCUUGAGCUGUGUGAUGAAGCGAUAGAGAAAAAUGUCGUCGAUAAGACUGAUAAGUGAAUUGGGUCAGAACUCAAGAUUUUUGAUUUUUAUAACAAAUGAAUUCCAUACAUGGUAUAUUUUUUGUGUAUUAAUCUGUUUAUGAUCUUACCGAGCAUACUUUAGUGGUAUUCAUUUGUUACGGUGCCUACUGGUUUGCUUGUAAAGAGAAACAAUUGUAGUCCUCAAAUUAAUCAAUUCACUUAUAAUUAAUACAAUAAUCUGAUAUUGUGUCUA